AUGGCCAGAUCCACUAAUACUAUCACACAUUCAGAAUCAGAUUGGGAAUCCUCUCAUGAAAGUGAGGACUUGAGCUCAGACCAUGCCAGUCUGAUAGAACCAUCCACAGAAACCAUCUUAUCUGGUGUAUCCAAAGCCAGUGCUUCAUCCUCAAAUAAACUUAAUCAUACAUUAUCUACUUGCAAAACCCUUCGUUCUAAUGCUAGUCAUCCGGAUUCUAUUGAUUCUAAUAUUCAAACCAUCUCAUCAACUCAUCUUAGUCCAUCCUGUCCUGAACCACUUGAUCAUCAGAAAACUGCUUUACAUACUCGAAUUCAUCAGAUAUUACUUGAUGCAGUUCAUGCUUCAGUCACUAGAGACUUUCAUCACAAGAUACCGUCCAGUUUCCUUGCAGCUAAACAGAAUCCUGAUUUGAUUGAUGGAGUCGAUAUUAAAAUCAUUGAUAUUACAUUGGAUAAAGGUCGUUUAUAUUGUCCUAUUCAUGGCUGCAAUCGUCACUUCAAGCAGUUUGAAGGCAUGAAAUAUCAUAUAUCAACCUUUGAGCAUGAUAUACCAAGUUUCAUCAAAUGUUAUGCUGCUGGUGCUACUGCUGGAAAAAGAUUUAUCUCGCUCGAAGCCAACAUUGCAGAUUCUUCAACAUCCAAAGCCAUGCAUGAAUCUGUUGCCUUGGUUGAUUCCGAUUUAGCUCAUAGAACAGCACAUAUGACAGAAAUCGAUCAGAUUUUAAAUUCAUCGGAUUGGAAUGUGGAUCCUAAUUCUCCUCCUAUUAUCCUUGGUCACUACAGUUGGCUCAACCUUGCUUCCCGUGUUACUCCACCUCUGCCAAUUAUUUUCUCGUCAAAAAUAUCUGCUCCUAAACGUACAGAAGUCCCUCUCAAUCGUCUAGCAAGCAUAGAUGAACUUUAUAUAAACAGUCUCAAUGGCAACCACCACAAAUUGCAUAAAAUGGAUAUAUUACCAUCAAAAAAGCUCAUUGGUAUCCUUUCUAUCGCAGAAGCAAUUGUUGAUCAAGAUCUUGUUUCUGUGUCCAAUUUUAAACCCCCUUUUGAUUUAGUACUGCCAAAAGAUGUAAAAUCCUAUUUUGCAAAACAAAAUGAUCUUGAAGUAACCAUUAAAUCUGGACCAUCCAAUACAAAACAUUCUAUACCGCAUAUGACAUCGGUAUACUCUGAUUCUGGUUCCCGAAAACGAAUGAUUUUGAAUGUUGGAUGUUCCGUGUGGGGGCUAGAAUGGUGUCCUGGAAUACCUCGAUCUCAUAAAUGUCAGUAUUUGGCAGUGGCUGGAUAUCGUGAAUUUAAUGACAAUCAUGUGUUAAACGAACGGCACACAGUUGAGCAGCAUGGCGAAACUUCCAUGAGUGGUGCAAUUCAAAUCUGGAGUGUUCCUGCGUUUCCUUCAGAGAAAAACAUACCAAAAUUAGAAUUGAUUAUUCUUCAUAAGCGUGGGCAUGUUUUACAUUUAAAUUGGUGCACGCCUGCUUUGUUUGUUUCUCCCAAACAAAAUUCUACUGGACAAAUGGGCGUUCUUGCAGCGUGUUUUGGAGAUGGAUCGGCUGCUGCAUUUUCAGUUCCACUUCCUGACUCAUUUAGAGCUUGUCUAUCCAAACAAGAGCAGACUGCGUAUGAAACCCAUCCCAUAAGCUAUGCUAUUCACAAGAAUAAGCUGGGACAUAGUGGCUUGAUACUAGACAUGUCUUGUCCAGAUAUGCUUUUUUGGCGUGUCGCUUGGGGAUCACAACACAUUCUUGCUGUAGGAUCACAAGAAGGUCGAGUGUUGAUAGUAAAUACAAAAACAGCAAUUAAAUCUGCAGACUUUGACAUUGAUCGAGAUGUUAUUGUUGGUUUUCAAGCUCAUGACUCUGCAGUUCGACAUAUGAGUUGGUGUAUACUAGAUAAGCAACCAGUACGCCACUUGAUUUCCGCUGGACUUGAUGGGAGAAUUUCAUAUCGAGACAUUUUAGAUCCUUGGGCUCUUCCUUUUGCUGCUGUGACAUGGAUGAGUGCAUAUGACUCCAUCAUACUAUCAGACACAGAGUAUUACGUUCGAAUCAUGAGUUUGACACCAGAUACUAAAGAAGAGCUGGAUUUACCUAAAAGACAUGCCAAACAACUGGCCUCUCAUAAUGCAACUAUUUGGCGAGUAGAUGGAUCGUUAUUUUUUCCAUUUGUGGCAAGUGCAUCUGCAAAUGGAGUUUUUAUGCUGGCCUUUACACUAAAGCUAGGUCGAAAACCACGAAAGCCAAUUGGAAUCUAUCGUUUACAAUGUGAAGCUGAAAAUACACAUUCAGUGGUUUUUGAUGAGAUAUGCUUGGAAUCGUCUUUGUCUGAAUCCGUCGAGAUUCAUCCAAUAUACAAUGGAGUUCAGCAAGUUCACUGGUGUCCAAAUUUGUACAAUGAGGUACAUCAUAUAGAUACAGAGGAUGAUUCUUUGACAUUGAUAGACGAAAAAACGUCUAUUCAAGCUGCCAAGACACCCAAAGUUGGCACUGGACGAACUGGGAAAAAACCACAUGAAAAUAAGAAAUCUCAAAGUAGUGGGAAGAAACCAUCGAUUGUGAAAUCGUCAGUAAGGUCAUCCAAAAAAAUAUUGGUGGCAAUUCCAUUGAUGGAAAAACAAGCAUUGAGCGACCAAAGUGCUGGUACUUCAAAUACUAAAUCUAAGCGCACUUCAACAUCCAGCACAACUUUCUCUCGAGCUCACAGUAAAACUAUGGAUUUAGUUUCUGACAAAAUCGUUGAUUCAGCUGAUGAUUUAAAUAUUGAUACGGCUUUAAAUCAAGACAUGCAAUUGAAGAAUAUACGGGAUACCACCAUCGCGACCAACACAAAUCCUAAUAGACCAAAGAAACCACUGCAUUAUCUUGAAAAUGGCGAAUACUGUAGUGCACAAUUGAUUGCAUCAGCUGGAGCUCGUGGCUGGGUUCGCAUUGAUGCUGUAUUUUCUGGCCUUUCCGUAAAAUAA